UUUUUCUACCUUUUACCCCCCCUUUUUUUUUAUUUAUAUUUUCUGCAAUAUGUAUUCCUAUAGAACCUUAUUAGUUUCAAAUACAAAAGCUCGUUUGUUUGUCAAUACGAUACGUUAUCAAAAGACAAAUGUUCGUCAUUACAGCUCACCAUUUAAAGUAUUUAUGGAUACUUUUAAGGAACAAAUGUCAAAAAACAAAAAUGAUAUAAAAAAACUUCAAGACGAGUCUGGUAGAUUAAGUGAUAGUGAAGCACUUAAGAAAGCAAAAGAAUUAUUCAAGGCUCAACAAACAGUUCACUCAGAACGUUUAAAACAAGCUACGGAAAAAUUAUCAAAGGCUGCGGAAAAAGUGGGUUCGACUGUGAAUGAUUCCUUGAAGAAAGCUGCUGAAACAGAAUUUGCUAAGGAUACCUCAGAGAAAAUUAAGAAAGCUGCGGAGACGAUUAAUAAGAAAGCAGAACCUAUAAAAAAUAGUGAAGCAGUGGGUAAGCUCACAGACUCGUUUAAGACGGUAUUAAAAGAUGAAAGUGGUCGAUAUGGUGGGUUUGUUGAUAAGGAGACAAGACGUAAAUUACGUGAAGAAGCAGCAAAGAAUUCAGCAAAUAAUGGGGCUUCAAAGGUAGUAAAUGAAAAUCCAGAGGCUGGAGCACAUAUGGUGCUUCAUAAGGAUUCUAAAUGGAAAGAGAGUUGGAAUAAAUUUAAGGAAGAUAGUCCUAUUAUGCAAGGUAUUUUCCGUGCGAGAAAGUCUUAUGAAGAAUCUGACAAUAUCUUUAUUUCAUAUUCUCGUGCUUUCACUGAUCGUAUUACGGAUGCAUUUAGCUCUUUAUUUGAAGAAUCAGAUCAAGCACAAGCAAUUCGUGCCUUCCAAUCAAUUGACCCUAGAUUUAAUAUGGAUAAGUUUAUGACAGAUGCUCGCAAAUUUAUUAUCCCUGAAUUGAUGGAAGCCUAUUUAAAGGGUGAUGUUGAAACAUUGAAAUUAUGGUGUUCUGAAGCAACAUAUAAUGUUUUAACUGCUGUUAUUCAAGCACAAAUGCAACAAGGAUUAAUCAGUGAUUGUAAGAUUCAGGACUUGCGUGAUAUUGAGUUAGUUGCUGCAAAGAUCUUAGAAAAUGAUGUGCCUGUUUUAGUAUUGUCUUUCCGUACUCAGGAGAUUAUUGUUUUCCGUAAUGCAAAGAGUGGGGAAAUUGUCUACGGGAAAGAGGAUCUUAUUGAGCAAGUAACUUAUGCAUGUGUACUAACUAAAGAGCCUGAAGAUCUUCAAAAUCCUAUUACUAAUGGCUGGAGAAUUAUUGACAUGGCUAAACAUGACUCUAGACCUGUUUGGUAACCAAUCAUUAUAAUAUAAAAUAAUACACUAUUAUACAUCACUUUAUAGAUUAAACAGUAAUAUCCACCCUUCUCUUCCUCCAUCUUCUUUCAAUUCCUUUCCCCU